GGAUUUUCUUCUAGGCCGUUUUCUGACUAUCCAAUUUGUCACCGGUUAUUUUGUGUGCUACCACAUUUAUUCCCUAGGCUGACUUGUGUGUGAUUUGCAUUCCAAAAUCCUCACUUCUGGUCCUUCUCUUUCUCUUCCUACCAACUUUUUCCUGGAUCAUCAUCAUCAUGUCGCGACGUGACGAUAGAGAUAGCAGAGCUUCGCGCUCGCAACCGCAGCCACCACACUCAUCUGUUGGCAGGACAGGCCAGUUUGUUAUUGACGCUGAAGGUAUCGACAGAGAAGUUAUCACGGCCGAUAUCUGCCGGUAUCUUGGUAACGAUGCUCUCGUCAAACCGGGUGACGUGGAAGACCCGAGGACGAAACAACUGAAGCCUGUCUACGUGAUCACAGCUUACAGGAAUCUUACAAAUGCAAUGAUAUUUGAUUUAAAGCAGGCGUCUGCAGAUUGGCGAGCUGAGAGACUUGCUAGAUCGAAUGCACAAUACCCUACAAAUGGUAUCUCUUUGAGGGAUUCGAACGAGAUGGUUCGAAAAUCUAACACCCCUAUAGUAGUUGACUACAGAAGUUCAAAUGCACUCGAUCAAUCUAUUGCUCGAAUGGAUAGAAUGGAUGCAACACAGCCUCGACCUGCUGCACAACAAGGGAUGUAUAGUUCACCAUCGGCUGCUGUGCCCAGUUCCCAAUCAUAUCAACCAAGUGGCCAGGGUUACUCGGCGGGUUACAGUCAGCCCACAAGUUACCAGAAUGAUGGCUACACCCAGCCAUCAUCACAACCAUAUGCUCCUUCUACCCAAGGAUACCCUCAUGACUCCAGGACUUAUAUCCACGGAUCCAAUUAUUCUGUUGCUGAACCACCCGCUGGCCGCGGCGGAUCUGUUCCUCAGUCAACUCCUAGGACUCAAUAUCCACCUAGUACAUCCUACCAAGCACCUGCAACGCAGUACUACUCCCAAUCUGGACCACCUGCAUCAACUCCAGCAUAUGCCGCCCAUGCACCAACAGAUCCCUACUAUAGUAGUCGUGCUGCUCCAUCAGGCAAUUAUGAAUCCACUCCGGAGUUAUACGAUAGCAGAGCGUACCCGGAAAGUUCAGAUUACCAGAUGCAAGAUGCCGGAUAUACUGAACCAGGCUCGUCAUACCAGGAACCUGUAUCAUACUCUCAGCCAAUGCCAUCUGGACGAAGUGGCACCGCCACUUCUUCGUCUCAAAGACCGCGUGACCGGGACAGUAGGGAUGACCGUGACAGACAUCACCAGCGCCGCAGGAAUUGA